AUUAUUGAAAUCAAGAAGAAAGCCGAAGAAGACCUUGCUAACAAUGAAGCCUUGGAGGAGUACAAGAAGAAAACUUCCAGGGAUAUGGAGCAACUGGUGCAUCAGCUUGAAGAAAUGAGUGCACAGAAUGAUAAGCUAGAAAAGUCACGACGCAAACUGCAGGCUGAGCUGGAUGACUUGACUGUGGAGCUGGAGUCCCAGCGUGCAAACGUGUCAAAUGCAGAGAAGAAGCAGCGCAAGUUUGAUCAGUUGCUGGCUGAAGAAAAGGCAGUUUCCGAGAGAUUGGCAGCAGAACGGGAUCAGGUGGAGAAAGAGAGCAGAGAUAAAGAGACCAAGUACCUCAACCUACAGAGACAAUAUGAUGAACUCAAGGAGAAGGUGGAACAGCUGGACCGAAUCAGAAUACAGCAGGCCCGUGAAUUGGAAGACCUUGUCUCCAAAGAGGAUGAUGUUGGCAAAAAUAUCCAUGACUUGGAAAAGGCCAAGCGAUCAUUGGAAGCCACUGUAGCGGAGCAGAGGCAGCAGAUAGAAGACCUGGAGGAUGAACUGCAGGCAGCAGAAGACGCCAAGCUGAGGCUGGAAGUGAACAUGCAGGCGCUGAAAGCACAGUAUGAAAGAGAACAGGCUGGACGAGAGGACCAAGAGGAGGAGUCCAGAAAGUCUUUGCUCAAACAGCUGCGGGAGAUGGAAUCAGAACUUGAAGAUGAGCGCAAGCAGAGGGCAUUGGCCGUCAACGCCCGCAACAAGCUGCAGGGUGACCUCACCGGCCUGGAACAACAGGUGGAGAUGGCCAACAAAAUUAAAGAGGAUGCUGUUAAACAGUACAAGAAGGUGGCAGCUCAGCUAAAGGAUUACCAGCGAGAGCUGGAUGAGGCCCGGUUGGCCAGAGAGGAGAUGGCUGCGGCUGCUAAGGAGAAUGAGAAGAAGGCAAAAAAUUUGGAGGCCGAGCUGCUGAGACUACAAGAGGAGCUGGCAGCUGCUGAACGGGCUAAACGAAAUGCUGAAUCUGAGAGAGAUGAGAUGGCUGAUGAAAUUAGCAGCAGUAACAGUGCAAAGCAGGCACUUGUAGAUGAGAAACGGCGCUUGGAGGCCCGAAUUUCUGAGUUAGAAGACGAGCUUGAAGAUGAACACAACAGUGCUGAGUUGAACUCGGAUAAGGCACGCAAAGCCCAACUUCAGCUGGAACAGCUGCAGACAGAUCUGGCCUCAGAAAGAUCUGUUUCACAGAAGUUGGAGAAUCAGCGCUUAACUUUGGAGAGGCAGAACAAGGAAAUGAGAGACAAGCUGGCUGAAUUAGAGGGACAAAAUAGAGCACGCACUAAAGCUACCAUUGCAGCCCUGGAAGGCAAAGUUUCUAACCUGGAGGAACAGCUCGACCAAGAAGCAAAAGAGAGGGCGGCUCUGGCUAGAACAAAUCGUAAAAUGGAGAAAAGGCUGAAAGAGUUUGCUGACCAGUACAAGGACCAGGUUGUUGAUUUCUUUCUGCUCUGCUCCAUGCAAAAGAGAGGUCUGAUGUCUGUCAAAAAUGCAAUAGCUGUGAAGUAUGGAAACUUCAUGCUCCAUGAUGUCAUGAUGUUUCUAGUCAAGAUUUUGUCAAGAUGUGUCUGUAAUGUAAAGUCUGUAGAAAACUUUCUGCUCCAUGCAUCCAUGAUGUUGUCAAUAUGUGUCUGUGAAAAGUAG